UCUCUUUUAGUUAAACAAACGGCGGCGCUUUCGGGCAUGCUCCACCUUAUAAGUUAUAUAUAAGCAUCGCUCCAUCCCGCGCUCUCUCUUCCGUCUUCCCUCACCGGAAUUCUUAUGCGCCGACCGCCGUGCAACGCCAACGGAGCUCCUUCUUUUCGCUUCAACCCUAGGUUAAUCAGUCGCCUCCUCUUUUUUUUCUCUAUGUAUAUAUAGAAACAGAUACUUUUGUAUUUCUCUUUCAACUGAAUAAGCACAUAGGGAUUCUCUGUUUCAGUUGCUCACUACACUAAAUAUGAAUUUUUAGGCACUUUAGAUUUCGCAUUUUAUCAAAAUUGCCCCAUUAAAUCAUUUUUAAGGCAUUUAGACUAAACUGUCGCAAAAACCUAUUUAUUGGGGCAUUUGAUUGCAACUCUCAAAGUGGAAUCCAAAAUCAUAGGAAACUAAGUUGCUGAAGGCCUUCAUCUUCUCCGUGCUAUCUCAAAGUGGAAUCCAAACCUCAUGCUCCUCCGUUCCAACAACACCUCCACGGCUCCACCUCUGUUUCUUGGAAGUUACUUCUGAAAACCUCAAAGAGGGAGAGGGAGGGAGCACUCAGGGUUUCAGCAGGAAUGGAAAAUUGCUCUGAGUUGGACAGGACAAAACCUUCUCAAAAUGCUUUCCAUUUCCCUCCGCCUCAUCGUCGCCGAACUUUGAUGAGUGAGACUUACCACACGCUGAUUCACAUCCUAUCCCAUUGCCCCACCAGCUCUGGACCGCAACCUUCUCACCAAAAACAAGAAGAAACUGGUUGUUCAGAAUCAGGAAAAGAGAUCACUGCUCACGGUGCAUUAGUUGAUCAACACAUGGAGGCCGAAAUUAAGUUAGUGAAUGACAUUGAUCAUGAGAAAAACAAAACUCAUGCCAUAUUGCAUGAAAUGGGUGAUAUCAGUGAGGGGCAAAUAAAAGAUUGUAUUGAUUUGUUGGAUCACAAUGAUGAUGCAAUGGAAGUUAAUGGGGAAGUCCCUCAAAAGAAUGGUGCUAACAACGGUAUCUCAAGCUCAUUGGUGGACAACAGUCAAGCUAGUACUCUGGUUUUGCAGUCAUAUAAUGAGCAAGAAGAUAAGUCUAACACCCCCGAAUUGCAAUUGGGGGAAUCUGAUCUUGUGAAACUCCAAAAUAUGGAUAAAGAAAUCUCUGUUCAUGAAACUUGUGCCACUAUGGAGUCAUGUUUUAUGGAUGAGGAUAAUGCACUGACUCAACUUGUUCAGAGUGGUGAAGAGAAAAUCCAUAUUGCAGAGAAGAAAGUUUUGGAAGACAUGGAGCAUGGAUUGCAACUGAAUGAGAUGGAACUACAAAAUCUGGUAGACAACAAUCAAGCUAGUACUCUUGAUCACACUGAUGAUGCAAUGGAUGUUAACGGGGAAGUCCAUCAAAAGAAUGGUACUAACAAUGGGUCAGGCUCUUUGGUGGAUAACAAUCAAGCUAGUACUCUUGUUUUGCAGUUGUGUGAUGAGCAAGAAGAUAAGUCUAACACCCCAGAAUUGCAAGUGGGGGAAUCUGAUAUCGUGAGACUGCAACAUAUGGAUAAAGAAAUAUCUAUUCAUGAAGCUUGUGCCACAAUAGAAUCUUGUUUUAUGGAUGAGGAGAAUGAACUGUCUCAAGUUGUUCAGGGUGGUCAAGAGGAAGGCCAUGCUGCGGAGAAUAAACUUUUGGAAGACAUGGAGCACGAAUUGCAACUUAGAGAGAUGGAACUGCAAAAUUUGGUGGACAACAAUCAAGCUAGUAUUCUUGAUCCCAAUGAUGAUGCAAUGGAAGUUAAUUGGGAAGUCCCUCAAAAGAAUGGUGCUAACGGUAUCUCAACCCCUUUGGUGGACAACAACCAAGCUGGUACUCUUGUUUUGCAGUUGUAUGAGCAAGAAGACAAGUCUAAUGACCCAGAAUCAUGUUUUAAGGAUAAAAAAGUCUCUAUUCAUGAAGCUUGUGCCACUAUAGAAUCAUGUUUUAUGGAUGAGGAUAAUGAACUGAUUCUACUUGUUCAGAGCAGUGAAGAGAAAAGCCAUGUUGCAGAGAAGAAUUUGUUGAAAGGCAUGGAGCAUGGAUUGCAACUUAAAGAGAUGGAAUUACAAAAUUUGAUCUCUGCCUCUGGAGCAGCUAAUUCAUCAGUUCCUGAAACUGUAGUUGAAGAGAUUGAAGAAGGGGAAAUUUCUGGGGAUGCUGGGGUUAGUGAUGAAUCAGAUGGCAACAUGUUUGAAGACACAGUGUCACUAGAGCAAGGGCAUACUCAUGUGAGUAUAACAGCUGAAAAAGAGUUCAUUCUUGAUGUUCUGGACACCAAACUUCAGGAAAAGCAUGUACUGACUUCAUUUUCUAAUGAUUCAGCAGAUGGCUGCAGCAAUAUUUCUAAGGAGCUUCUUGGAAAAAAAUCUGAGGUGGAGGAGAGUGACUUUGAAAUGGUUGUUUGUCAGAAAGAUGUUGAGAAGAAGAAGAUUGAUGGGUUUGAUAAUGUUAUAGAUAGUGAAAUAGUUAAUGGACAAGUAGAUGGUGUUGGGAAGGUAGACAGUUCUGCAGCUUGUUUGGCAUUGAAGACAGGUUCUGUUACUGAUGCUGAGUUAGAGGUUGCAAAUGAAGGCAAAAGGAAAAAGAAGAGAGGCCCUAUAACCAAGGAAAAUAGAGCAAAGAAAAAGUGCAAAGAGAGGAUUAAGCGAGCUCAAAAGAACAUAAAGCUAGGAGUGAAAAGACUAAAGCUGCCACCAAUUGUGAAACCAAAAACAGUGUCAUAUUGCCGCCAUUAUCAGAAAGGAAGGUGCCACGAGGGUGAAAAGUGCAAAUUCUCUCAUGAUAUAAUUCCAUUAACCAAAUCCAAGCCAUGCUGCCAUUUUGCACGCCAUUCUUGCAUGAAAGGUGAUGAUUGCCCAUUUGAUCAUCAGCUCUCCAAAUAUCCAUGCAAUAAUUUUGUAUCCAACGGUUUUUGCAGCAGAGGUGUAGACUGUUUGUUCUCACACAAGGUGCCAGCUAAGACAGAGUCUUCGACACCUCCUAUCAUCUCCAAGGCUGAGUUGAGUUCACCUUUACUUCCAAGUAGUUUAAGCCCAAAGAUGCAAGUGAAUGCUCAUGGUAGCUCUCAGCUUUUUCCUGGGAAGAACACAGGGCAUACUGUAGGUGACACUGUCCAAAAGCUUGCUGUGCGUGCACCAAAAGGUGUAAGCUUUCUCACUCAUGGGAAGUUGCCAGUUGGUGAUACUAAUCAUAAAGAAUUUGGUUCAUCAUUGAAGGAAGGUGAUUCUGGCAAAUUUAAUCAAGAGGAAAUCCAUUCUAAGUCAGACAAUACUCAAAUGCCAAACAACGUUAUCAAGGGACCAACUUCAAGGAUACCACAUGGGAUAAACUUCCUUUCCCUUGGUAGAGCUCCUUUGAUUGAUUCCAGUUCUAAGACAAUACCAAGCUUUCUUAACAGAGGUUAUAGAAUUGAAAAAUUGCAGUUAGAUGAAUUUAGUAAAGGUAAGGAUACUGCCUCAUCUCCAAGGAUUGGUGAUAGUUGUACAAAUGAGAUGACAACCAGAACUCCCCCUAAAUCUAUGCCUCGGGGCAUAAGCUUACUCGCAUUUGGCAAAGUGUCAUUGGAUGUUACUAGUUCAACAGAGCAAGCUGUAAUCUGUAAUAAAGAGUACAAGACUGCUUCACCUGUGGUUCAAGGGAUACAAGGUUCACUAAGUAGACUUGGUGGCUCGAGGGAAAUGCACUUUAAGUUUGAAUCUUCUUCAUUUCCAUCAUAUCAGCUCUUGGGUCAAUCUGCAGUUGAGCACAGUGAAGGAAUUGCCAACUCAUCAAAGACAACAUUCUUGCCAAAUAUACCAAGCUCAGCACAAAAGGCUCUCCAAUCAACAUUAGCAUUCGCAGCUAAGUUCGAGUCUGGAAUCAAGUUAGAUCAAUCAAUUGGUGGUGCCUCUGUUGCGAGUUCCAACAUCAAAGAGCAUCGCUGAGGGUUCAAAAGAUUACUCUUAGGAUGCCCUCAACAGUUUUGAUGUUUGUACAUGCAUUAGUCAUCCUUGCUCUCAUUUACAGUACUCAUUCCAUGUCACAAUAUUGCACCAUGGAGAGGAAUGGGAAGAGAUUAACAAAAGUUGAAUAUGAGUUAGCCAGAACGAAAUCCUGUAUGUGCUUUUCAGUUAUAUAGUACACACUUCUCAGAGACAAUCGCUAGCACAAGCAUUCCUUUAUAUACUGCAGGUUAGAUAAACAUGUUACUUUGUUUUUCUUUUCCUGCAUGAUUCAGAUUAAGAAAAAGAAAGAGAAUGCCUGAGCAAUGGCUAACCACCCAGUCUAUAUAUCACAGGAGCGACGCCUUUACUAAAUGUAAGUGUUCUUUUAAUCUUUUCUUUGACGUGGGCUACAAGUUUGAUAAUAUACUCCAAGUUAUUUGUGGAUUCUUAGCUCAAAACUACAAAGCAAUUCAGAAAAUUCAAUCCAGACCAAUGGGAAUUUGCAAAUGAAGGGUUUCAGAGAAAGGGAAGAAAUUGCUGAAGACUUUCAAGAGGAGAAAGCAGCAGCAACAGGGAGUGGCAGUGAAUUGGCUAUUUUUUUGGUGGAGCAAGCUCGUCUUUCUGAAUCAGUCGCAUAAGUCAUCAGGAGGCAAAUUUGUGAAGCUCCUUAGGGCUGCUAGAAAUAAUCAUCUACUGAAACCCAAUCAUUUUGGUCAGUCAGCUUUGUUUUUUGUUGUUGCUGUCUUCUUAGCUAGCUUGGAUGCUGCCAUGACCAUGGACAUAGUUGCAGGCUGGGAACAGGAAAUAGUUUGUUUGAUUGAUAGUGCUUUAGUGUUCACAGAAGGAUACAUAUAGAUACAAUCUAAUUCUUAAAGUUGGGGUUUCUUUCUUGCAUUGUCAAAACUCAAAACUGAAGAUGGAGAAAGUUGUUCUGUUGUUCUAUAAACGAAAUACAAAAACAGAUGAUUGUCCCAGCUUGACCUCAA